AUGUUGGCCAAUCUCAACAUACUCCUCCUGGACCCUAAGUAUCUAUGUCUGUAUGAGAUGAUCAUGGGAGGUUCUAGGACUUCCAUACCGGGUGGUUAUGAUCUCAUUGUCUGUCCAAGCACCAAUAAAAGAUUUAGGGUUGCAGUAAAAGCAGAAGUAGCCAACUACAGUGGAGGAGCUAUACAGAGUCACCUUAGAGAACAAGAAGCUAACAUGGAUGCUAGCAAGAGUGUACGAGAAAUGCUAUGCAUCAUCAUUCAGAGAAGCUUAGAGUCAAAUGGAAAAACUGACAAAAAUCAACUUCUUUCAAGCAAAAGACCAAUCACAGAUAGCUUCAACAAAGCAAGGUUUUCAACAGAUUUUGUGUUUGCUGUUACUCCCGACACAAGCUUGGUGCAACGCAUCACAGAUAAAUCCAUCCGUUUUAUGGCUACAUACGAAGGGACGCAUAACCACGUAGGUCCAAACCCUUCUAAAGGGAAUGUUACAAGACAAGUUGGAUCAAGCACUCUGACAUUGGAUAUGUUUAAUGGUGAGCAUGGAUUAGCUUUAGAGAAGAACGAAAGGGGAAUGAUGCAAGAGGUUUUGGUUCAACAAAGGGUAUCUUCAUUAACUGAGAUUCAAAGUUUUCUGCAGAUCUUGGGUUGCUAUCUAGGAGGUUGA